UUUUGGUGUGAUUGUUUUUUCCUUCGUGACAUCAUCGCCAAGACGUCUUUGAGACGUGCCCUCACUCGGGCCGCGCUCCGCCGUGACACGGCGCCCAGCUGCCAUGGCGAUGUGCCCAGGUGACACCACAGAAUGGGACGACAUCCAGAGGAAGUUUGGCAAUUUGCCACCCUUGGAGAAGGAAGUGCCUCAGAGAGUUGUUGAGCAAUCCCUAGUGGAGAUAGCUGAAAGAUUCGACCCAUUGGAAAACCGCACGUUGGAAGAGCUCGAUGCAGCUGAAGAUGAGGUCAACGAUGACUUUUUGCAACAGUAUCGACGCCGACGCCUCGCGGAUCUCAAGGCCGCUGCGUCCGCGCGUUUUGGCGAACUGCGGCAGCUGUGCCGUGCGAGCUAUGUGCAGGAAGUGACUGAAGCCAGUGCCGGAGGUCAAUGGGUCCUACUGUUGCUCUACACAGAUGCCAACUUCAUGUGUCAUCCCAUGAUGGAACCUUGGGCCAAAGCAGCGAGACGUUUUCCCAUGGUGAAGUUCUUGAAAGGUAUUGCAUCUGAGAUCAUUCCAGACUUCCCGGAUGCACUGACACCAACGGUCAUCAUCUACAAGGAUAAGGAAUGUGUGAAGCAAGUGCAAGGUCUUGAAGACUGGGGUGGAAGCAAAACCAGUGUGGACACAAUUGAGUGGCAUUUAGCCGAGCUGGGGAUCGUUGAAACUGAUCAGGAAGCUGAUCCACGGGCAAAUGGACAGAGAAGCCAGCGAGAGCUUGAGGAAGAUGAGUUUGAUAAUGAGGAUGCGGUGGACGACCGUGGCUACACCUCGUCCCGCCUAGAUCGAAUACUGCGGGGCAAAUGGACCUAAAGAGUCGAAAA